UGACCAUUCUUCAUGUAGAUCUGACUGAAAGAGCAUUAUGGGCAGAACUAAAUGGUUCAUAAAGCAAAGUGAGCCAAGUAGAGAAGAGUGCGGAUAGGCUGUGUUUAGUGGAUGUCGUUGGUCUGAGCGCAAGCUCCGAGGUACGUACCGGGACGAGCUCAGGAACAGCUCCCCGCACUCGUCAUUACAUCUCUCAUCUUCACCAUGUACGGCAAACGACACCAACGUACACAACAAAAAAACAAUUAAACAUGCUCCUUCUCGGCCUCACCGGAUCGAUUGCGACGGGCAAAUCGACCGUCUCAUCUCUACUAUCCAAGCCACCAUAUUCGCUUCCAAUCAUAGACGCCGACCUCAUCGCGCGACAGGUUGUCGAGCCCGGCACAGCAGGAUACAAUGCGAUUGUUAAAUAUUUCUCCCCUUCGACACCGGACUUGCUCCUGCAGGAUGCGACACCGAAAGGCGCGCCGCUGAACCGACCAGCGCUGGGACGAAGAGUGUUUGGUGCUGGCGAGGAGAAGGAGCGCGACAGGAAGAUGCUCAACAGCAUUGUCCACCCCGCGAUACGCAGGGAGAUGUACAAGCAGAUGGUAUGGGCCUAUCUGCGCGGCAACUGGGCUGUUGUGCUAGAUGUCCCUCUUCUCUUUGAGAGUGGAUGGGAGCGAUACUGCGGCACCAUUCUCGUUGUUGGCGUCUCGGACCCCGCAAUCCAGAUCCAGCGUCUGCGCGCUCGGGAUUCACAUCUUACUGAGGAGGAUGCGCGGAACCGCGUUAUGAGCCAAGGCGAUGUGCGCGAGAAGGCAGAGCGUUGUUUGCGGAGGGGGCCGGGUAAUGGCGUUGUGGUCUGGAAUGAUCAUGAUAGAGAACAUUUGGAGAAGGAGGUGCAGAGAGUGAUGCAAGAUGUUCGGAAAAGAAGUCCGCGGUGGUGGAGUUUUCUUCUCUGGGUCUUCCCGCCGUUUGGUGCCAUGGCGGGACUGUGGAGCUGGUACAAGAUGCGCAAUGUGCAGCUGCAAUGGGAGCAAGAAAAGAAGAAGGAAAAAGCAAAGCUGUAAGGAGUAGUUUGAGCUGCACUGCUGUGUCCCCUUGGGCUGGGCUCAGCGCCGGUAUUUGUCUUGAUGUUUGUUUAAUGUGCGCAUAUAUAUCCUAGUAGUUGGCCAAACAACAUUGUGUUACAGUAACUGGUUUUUAAUG